AUGACAACAAUUCGAAAUUCUCCUACUCCUCUCCAUCAAUGGGUGCUAUCUAGCAUAUCUCACUCCCUUCAAUCGCAGAUACCUCGUGAUGUUCGAAUUUUAUCAGAUUCACUCCUUGAAAUCCCGGAAAAUAUGAUGGAAGACAUAAUUAUUCCCGACCUACAGGUUCUCCAUAAAAAACAGGGGACUACUGGGGAUUUUCCUGUCCUUGUAGUCGAAGUCGGAUUCUCCCAGCAAUACGAGAGCCUCAAGUAUGCUACUUGCAGGGCUAUUGACGAAACCCAAAGCGUUAAUGUCUCCUUGAUGAUUAAUCUUAAGGAGACUCCAGCAUUCCGUACACCUCUUUUAUGUCCAUCGUCUGGUGUAUAUCGACAUCCAGUUACGAAGAAGAACGUGGAUAAGAACGCAAUCUUAGCGUGGCUUAAUUCUUCAGAGGGUGGAAAUCCACCCCCAGAAAACCCCAGCGACCCAGAAAGCCCGUUAUUAUUUUUAGGGGCCCGUUGGGUAGGAAGAAUCGAGGGGAGUUUAGAGGUCUGGAUUCGCGAUACGAAGACCGGAAAGGCUGUGCGGAAACUUAAACCAGUUCUAUUCUACGGCUCCAAAGCAACAUUAGAUAAGGACACACCACGUAUUGAUGCUAGGUCUGCGAAUGUCGACGUUGGCCUUAAGCUGUCUGAUAUUAUUCCAUCCGCUGACGAUGGCCUUGAGAAACCGUUCCAUAUCGAUUGGGCAGAUUGGAGGGAAAGUAUCAACCGUGCGAGAACCUCCCUGGUCCGGAGUCGAUACCUUACAGUUCUCAAAAGCAUUAAAAAAUCGGGAAAAAACAAAAGAAACUGA